UCUCCGUAGAUUCUGACAACACAAAGAUGGCCGCCUCCGCUGUUCGCAGUGAGGGAUCAGAACUUUCGAAAGCGGAAUACUUAAAACGGUAUUUAUCUAAUGAUGAAGAUGCCAAGAAAUCCAAAGGGAAGCUUAAAAAGAAACGAAGUAAAGUCCCGGCGAGAGGACUGAAAAUAGUAGACGACGAUAUAGACUGGAAACAGAUGGUGGCAGAGGAGCAGGAGGAUGAAGAAGACGAAGAGGAGGCUCCAGUGGUGGCUGAGAUGAUUGAUGAUCGUCCAGAUGAGGUCAAACAGCUGGAAGCCUUCAGAACCGGCAAUAGAUGGAAGGUGAUUGGAGCUGAUGAAGAUAACGACUCAAGCGGGAGUCAACAUGAUUCUCCAGAUGCAUCUCCAACCAGAAGAGAUCGCCACGACUCUCCGGACAAAUCUCCCAGGCAAGGUCGCCACGACUCUCCGGACAAAUCUCCCAGGCAAGGUCGCCACGACUCUCCGGACAAAUCUCCCAGGCAAGGUCGCCACGACUCUCCGGAAAAAUCUUCUCCCAGGAGAGAUCGCCAUGACUCACCAGACAUGUCGCCUUCACGUCAACACUCAAAGAAAUCAGGGAAGGUACAAAGUAAAGACUCUUCACCCAGCAGAAGACAGCCUAGUAAAAAACGCUCACCUGAUCCCCGUGGCUCACCAGUGACAAAAAGGGAUCAGAACAGGAAUGAUUCAGACUCUGAUCAGUCUCCUCCAAGGAAAAAGCCAGUAAAGGAGGAAGCUACAGACCUCGACCAAUCUCCUCCAAGGAGGCGCUCAAAAAGAAAACCAGAACCCGAUACUGAUCAGUCUCCACCCAGGAGGCGGCCAAAGAGUGGAAGGGUCUCAGAUGAAGAUCUGUCACCUCCUCGUAGGCCUGGCCAGUCACAGGCAGGUCUGCUUUCUAUAGAUGUUUUAAGGAAAGAGAAGGAAGAGAAGCGCCGCAGAGACGGAGUACCCCAGCCGCUGGAAGAUGAAUCACGUAAUGCCCGGACCGUGUUCCGAGACAAGGGAGGUAAAAGGAGAGAUCUGGAAUCGGAAAGAGAAGAACACAAGAAGAAAGCUGGAGAAAAAGCAGCAAAGGAUGAGAAAUACGCCAAGUGGGGGAGAGGGUUGGCCCAGGGCCAGAUGCAUCAGCAGAAACUUGAGGAUGCGUUGCAUGAAUCCGAGAAGCCGCUGGCACGUCACUCCGAUGACAAGGACCUUGAUCGUAUGUUGAGAGAGCAGGAGAGGGAUGGAGAUCCGAUGGCUGCGAUGCUCAGACGGAAAAAAGUUCGGAGCUCAAAUAUGCCAGCAAAACCUCAGUAUAAAGGACCACCACCACCUCCAAACCGAUUCAAUCUUCCACCAGGAUAUCGCUGGGAUGGAGUUGACAGGUCAUCUGGUUUUGAGAAGAAACGCUACUCGAGGAUAUCAGACAAAAAAGCUAUGCAGGACGCAGCUUAUAAAUGGAGCGUGGAGGACAUGUAAUGGAAAUCUGAAGCUGUUGAAUUACAAGCAGCGCUGAGGUGCAGGGCUGCUGAGCUUCUAUAGAUCUAGUUGACACAGCAAAUCUGUGCUAGUGAAAAGUUGUUAUUUUAACAGCUAAAAACUGGUAAAAUACAAACUUUAUUGUACAUAGCAGAAGGGUGACAGUAUCUUUAUGACUUCGUAAGAACUGAUUCAAUGUGGAGGAAAAAGAGAUGUUUUCACAGUUUUAUUAAAAUUCGUUUUUGUAAA